GAGUUAGUGCCAGCAGAGUAGUGACCGAACAGAGCUCCCUCAUAUGGGCGAUUUCUAACAACCAACACCUCUUCCACUUCAAGCCAUCCGCACUUUACAACCGAGACAAGUGCCAACAACAUCACCCUGAUAUUCAAGGUAGGUCUCACUGACUUAAUUUUAGAAAUAGACUGUUAAAUGCUCUUUCAUAUUGGUGUUUUAACAGUUAGAUAGGGUUUGCUAUUUAAACUAUGACUUGUCCAUUAGUUUUAAUGGAAACACAAAAAGUUAUUCCAGGUGAAGUUGACCUCCAGCCACUCUGUAAGUGAGCUGUUUAUGCGUCAGCACUUUGUUUAUCUGGAUGCUUACUUGUCUGGCUCUUGAAAUCCCCAAAGCCAUCUGCUGCUCAUCAGGUGCUAAGCUCUACAGCCUUCAACUAGUUCUCAGACUUAAAGCAGAAAACAUGAUGUACUUUUAAGGUCCUCAGAUAAUACACCAGAGUUAUCCAUGCAAAGUUUCUUGCAUUUAACACAAGAAAAGAGGGAAGAGUUUGCAGUUGUAAUCUUAUUCUUUGGUACUUAAGAGGUCUAAGUUGUGACUCUUUUUAAAAUCUCAAAAUACAAACACAACCACUAUGGUAAGAAUGCAGGCACGAUCCUCCAUGCUCAAGUAGCCAACCCGUGCCACUGGAAUAUCCAAGUUCAUCUUGACAUGUGAAGUGGACACGCUUUCAGACACGCUCACUCUGGUAAUUUGAGUCGUGGGAAACCAGAUACGAGGAAGCAGCUGCCACUUGAUUUAUCACUCAGCAGUGAAGGCCUUUGGUCAGACACUCAGAGGGCAAAGACACACAGGUCAAAAACUUCCCUGAAAUGGGUCUUGUUUACAUUGGAGAUGUGCUUAAGUCAACAAAAGUGGCUCUGUACUUUGGGAAAUGAAAGAAAUAGAGAAUAAAAGAUGGAACUAACAUUAUGGUGAAGAUAUUCAGGCUGCAAUCCAAUGAUUUUUAUUUCCAAUCUUUUAAUACCUUUCCCUUGUGUCUCCUCCAGGUUCCCGUUUCCCAUCUUUAAGCGGUUUUCAACCCAAGGUCGGAGAAAAUGGCAGCAAUUCCAUCAAGUGGUUCUCUCAUCGCCACCCAUGAUUAUUAUAGAAGUACGUCAGUCAUCAUUAUACACAUAUUAAUCCAUUUCAAUCCUUUUUCUGUAUUCUUAUUAGACAUCUUUAAGGGAUUUCAUUAAAAAUAAGUGUCUUCAUACCUCAGGGCGCCUUGGGUCUGCCUCCAGCAACAGCUCUUGUGGAAGUGCAGAGUACACUGGAGAGAUCAUUCCACACCACCCAGGUAUGUUAAAAAAAGUAAUGCUGGGGUUUUAUUUUGAAAAGUCUUUACUCUCCAAACCGACUCCCCCUUCAAAACACAUCUUUUUUCUUCGUAGGACUUCCAAGGCAAGAUUCUGGACACUGGUGGACUUCAUUUUUCUUUACAAAACCAAACCAGCCUAGUAUGCAGAAUGGGCCUGAAAACCAAAAGUGAGCAUCGUAACAUAUGAUUGUUAAAAUUUAAAAUACUUGAACCGAUGUUGAGUGAAACUAACUUUCCUCUGUGCUUUGGGAACAGGACCUACACAGUCGCCAAUGGUCAGGUGACCUGCGUCGCCAGGGAAAUGGUUCUGAACAGACAAUUCAGCGAGAGCAGUGAAAGUGGGAAAUCUGAAUCAUCAACACCUCCACCAACGUCCGUCUAGACUCCCCGCUACCUCCCUCACCCUCCUGCCCCCUGUUUGCCCCUUGCCCUCCACCCCUCUCGCACCCUCAGAUUGCUGUCUGUCUCAUAGUCCUACACUGGAGAUGAAGAUGAAGAUGGUGAAGAUGGAGGUGUUUGUUACCUUUAGUACUUAUAGUUUGAUUUUCAUAUUUGCCUGUGUAUAGUAUAUUUUUAUUGUGACCAAGAGUGAAGAAAUUGUAAUGUAAAAAGUUUUUUUCAUGUUAUUCUGCUGACUUGAUACUGUUGAUAAAAAAUAAAAAGCUUACAGUCAAACUUCAAAUGAUUU